AUGUUACACCACAAAGUACUGCAACACGUAUCGCUGAUGAUGCACCUGAGCAGGUAGUACCUCGUCCUAGUGGGAGGGUUGUCCUGCAACCCGAACGGUUCAUGUGUCUGGGAGAGUCUUCUGAGGCCGACCCAGACGUUCUUGAAACCGACCCAUGGACAUACAAUGAGGCACUCCAAGAUCGGGACGCAGAGUCCUGGCAAAAGGCGAUGAAGUCUGAAUUAGAGUCAAUGGACACUAAUCAGGUCUGGGAUCUUGUAGAGCCACCCAGUGGCGUUGGAGCCAUUGGAUGCAAUUGGGUCUAUAAGAGAAAGAGAGGAUCAGAUGGGAAGGUUGAGACCUUCAAAACUAGGCUUUUCACGAGACUUGCAGCUUUUGUUCCGGAUUUGGUCCACACGGAGGCCCAGCGAGCGCAGCGUUUCAUUGACGGGCUUUACCCAGCAGUCCGUCAUAACAUCGUAGGCCACGGGACUCAGACGUAUGCACGUGCAGUCUCCAUUGCUCAGGAGGUAGAUGCUAGCCUUAGGAGGGAGGCCGUUCGUGGUCAGUCGUCUUCAGUUCCACCGGUGCCAGCUUUACCAUCUACCCAGCCGCCCAAGAACAACAAGAGGAAGGAUAAGGGUGCCCAGACAGAUAAGAGGGCUCGACGGAGGCUACAGCAG